AUGGUGCCUAGUGCCUGCUGCCUGGGAUUUGGUUGGGGUACUGAGGCACAAGAUGUGGUGCUGCAGGGGCAAGGCGGCAAGCCAGAUCUCAUCCUCAGCUACCACCACUACAGACCAGGGCCACAUCAACCCCAUGUUCCGUCUCGCCGGAGUCCUUCACAGGCGCGGCUUCGCCAUCACCGUCUUCCUUCACAGGCCGGCCCGCCCCCGGUCACCAUCGAGGACAGCUUUGCCCAAAUAAUCUCGGUCGGCGACGCGUGCGAGGCUGCCUUCCGGGACCGCCUCGCCGCGGUCCUGCAGGAGUACUCCAGGGACGCCGACGCGCACCUGCUGGAGAUUUUCCAGGUGGCCACGAGUCUCUCCGUGCCCACGCUCGCGCUGCGCACCGGUAGCGCCGCCUGCUUUGCGUGCUUCCUCGCGUACCCGAUGCUCUGCGAGAAAGGCUACCUCCCCGUGAAAGGCACGUCCUGCUGCUGCUGUGCUGUUCAGCAUGUACUUCUACUUCUGGCUGACUCGCAGCUUGACCUGCCAGUGGCGGAGCUGCCGCCGUACCGGGUGCGCGAUCUGAUGCACAUCGGUGAGCCCGGCCACCACCUGAUGCCCGAACUGCUGGCGCGCGCCGUGGCGGCUGUCAACAUCUCCUCGGGCCUCAUACUCGACACGUUCGACGCGCUGGAGCGCCGCGAGCUGGAUCGCCUCCGGCGGGACCUUGCCGUGCCGGUGUUCGACAUCGGCCCGCUCCACAAGCUCUCACCCGACGGCGACAGCAGCCUGCUACGCCAAGACCGGAGCUGCCUGGAGUGGCUGGAUGCGUUUCCGCCGGAGUCGGUGCUCUACGUGAGCUUCGGCAGCGUGGCCUGGAUGAGCCCGCGGCACCUGGUGGAGACGGCGUGGGGCAUCGCCGACAGCGGCGUGCCGUUCCUCUGGGUGGUCCGGCCAGGCCUCGUUCGCGGGUGCGCGCCAGAGAUGGGGGACACCAGGUACGUGGAGCACGUGUGGAGAGUGGGGUUCGAGGUCGGCGGCGACCUCGAGAGGGGCAGCGUGGAGGCGGCCAUCCGGCGGCUUAUGACAGGUGAGGACGGUGCCGAGAUGAGGGCGAGGGCCGGUGAGCAGAAGAAGGCAGCUGCUGAGUACGCUGGCAAGGCCUGCUCGUCGCGCAUGGCCAUCGAUAAGCUGGUCACACACAUCAUGUCUCUGUAA